AUGGAUGGGUUAACCCAAAUUAGCGCAUUCAGCUGGGCUCGUACUCCGUACUCCGAACGACAUCUUGGUACCACUUUCACAAUUAUAAUGGCCGAGACUACUGAAGUUACCGGAGAGACACAUCAUCAGUUUAGAUAUACACUUCAAGAGCGAGGAAAUGAUAUUCUGUUGUAUGCCGCAAUGGUAACGAGCAGGCUGAUGCGUUGGCAUUCAAGGUGCCGCAGCUUUGGAGAAAUGGUUGAUAGAGAUGGUAUUCAAUGGACUGCUUCACAAGCUCAUUCCCUUAAAGCUUAA